GGCGGCGGCAUCUCGGAGCCUCUCCCUCCCUCCCUCCCUCUGUCCGUCCGUCCCGUCCCGUCCCUUCCCGAUGGAGGCGCUGCGGGCGGCGGGCCGUGCCGUGCUGCGGAGCCCCAGCCUCGCCCGACACCGCCUGGGCGUCGCCCGCCUCCGCCGUCACCAGCUGCCGGAGUCGUGGUCCGACAUGCGAGAGCCGCUGCUGGAGGGGAUGGGCUUCGGCCUCAAGUACCUGGGCAUGACGCUGGUGGAGAAGCCCAAGGGGGAGGACAUGGCCAGCGCCGCCAUCCACCGGAUCCUCGCCACGGCUCGGGUGGGGCCCAAGAAAUUUCGGAAGGUGAUCUUGACUGUCUCCCCACGAGGCCUCUCUCUGCAAGACGCUGAGACCAAGGAGACCAUUGAGACCAUCUCCAUCUACAGGAUUUCCUAUUGCACCACAGACAAGCUGCAGAACAAAGUCUUUGCCUACGUGGCGCAGAACUCCCAGAGCGGUGCCCUUGAGUGCCAUGCCUUUCUGUCGCCCAAGAAGAAGAUCGCCCAGGCUGUGACUUUGACGGUGGCUCAGGCCUUCCAGGUGGCCCUGGAUCUCUGGGAGGCUGCGCAGGCAGGCUCCAGGGAAGGGCAGGGGGAGAAGAAGCCCUCUCUGAGUCCGCUGUGCCCCUCUGUGGAAAGCACCCGCCCGCCUGGCAGGUCACCCCUUGGCAGCCCCCCCUUCAAGACCAACUUUGAGGAGGAAGAGGAGGAGGACGAGGAGGAGGAGGAAGAAGAAGAUCUCAACGAAGCCUUCUCUGGCCGCGUAGAGGAGAGGGGCCGCCCCACCACAGGUGUGGGGGGGCUUGCAUUUGGGGGCUCCCCAGUUGCCCGCUUCCAGUCAGUGGCGGCCUGGGGCUGCAGCCCCCCCAGCAGCUGCCUUCCUCCGGGGACAUUUUUCUGAGGCUGCUUCUUCUCCGCUUCUUUCUCUGCCACUCACCGUGUCUUCGCUGCUCAUCUCCAGCACAGCCUCAGCUGCCCCUUGUCUGUCACCCAUCAAGGACCAGCUGCCCCCCACCCCGGGAACCUGGUCUAGCCUGCCUUGGACCCCUCACCCUGCUGGCCUGGGGAACCCCAACAGCACCCUGUGGGGCACUCAGCGGGGAUCCUCAGCCCCAGGCCCUCUUCUGCUGGGUGGGGCAGCCUGAGUCUUGCGGGUGGGUGCACCAGGCCUCCUCAUGGUGCUCUUGAGGCCUGAACAUUGGGGGUGGGGCAGCAUUCAGAUUCCCGAGUGUAGAUAAAUCCUUCCCUCUGCUGCCCCCCACCCUGCCCUGCCGCCCAGCUUGGGUGGGAAGGCAGUCCCCUCCCCUCCCCUCCCCUCCCCUCCCCACCAGCUGCUCAUCACUGCCAAAUCACAGCUUUGUAGCAAAAAGACUAGUUUUUAAUGUCCUUUUCUAAAGGGAAAUAAACCAUUUCUACUGUUGUUGUACUUGGGUGUCUUUCCUGGCAGAGGCCUCAGCCCAUGGGGGAAAGGGGGCAGCAAGUGGCACAGCUGGCUAGCUCUGGGUGAGCCCAACUGGCACACAGUGGGGGGGGGCAUAGCACCUUCCGUCUCCUUCCUGGACUGGGAUUCCUGGCUCACCUGCCUGGGGCUUGCCAUUCUGGCACCACCUUGAAGCCACUUCCAGAGCUCUCUGGGUGAGCUGUACCAGGCAGGCCCUUCUUAAGGGGGGGGGGGGAGAAGCAAGCCAAGUGGGCCUGGGGAGAUGCCCUUCUGUGGGGCGGCAAGCUGGGCAAGCAGGGGAUUCCACAGUCCCC